CCUGCCGCUCUCUGCUGUCCUGUGCUUCCUUUGGCAGCACACACCUCUUUCUCAAAGUACACCUCACUGGAAAGCUCUGAUCGUCAUUUGACAACACAGCACAGCAUCCAGAUGAGGACCACAUGCGGUCACCAGCAGUAGAAGGCUGUAUUUUUGUUUGGUUUCCGGCUUGGCAGAUGCCGGAAGACCUUCUGAACCUGACUUUCAAUGCUCACAGUCACAAACAACCCAAAGGAAGAAAGAAAAGCCACCUGGCACACUCUGCAACAGCCGACAGCCUGAGCCGCGGGCCAGCACGGGCUGUCUGCGGCCGUCCCCGACCUCCAGGAGACGGAACCACCCACACGUUAAAAGGGAAGCAGAAACAUGCCCUUCUCGGUCAGCUCUCCGCCCCUCCCGGCCCACCGCUCCCCGGGCCGCCCACAUCAGCGCCGUCGCGGCGUGGCGGUGGAGGACGAGGCGAGGCUUGGGUCCGCCAUGUCGCGCUCCCAGCGCUCCCGCAGCGCCUACUACUUCUUCGUGCGCGACCGGCUGCCCGUGUUGCAGCAGCGCGGCUUAUCCGUGGCUCGAGUGGUCGAUGGGUUUCCCCACCUCACCCAGGAGUGGGCGCUGCUGUCGGAAGAGGAGAGGAUGUUCUAUGCAGAGAAGGCUCAGAAGUGGAAUGAAAAGAAAUCCUUUCAGAAGGCAGGGAAGGAGAUGCAUAAUAAUCCAGUACCUGAUCGUGUGACUACAGAGAUGUACAGAGUGACAUCUCUUCUCGAUGCCUCUGCAAUAUCGUGGAUGAGUGAACAGGCUGUGCUUGCGGACAUCUUCUAUUUCCUGAAUGUUUACAGUCACGGCAAGCUGCCGUCCCACUGUGACCAGCGCUUCCUCCCUUGUGAAAUUGGCUGCGUCAAGUACUCCCUGCAGGAAGGCAUAAUGGCUGACUUCCAUCGCUUCAUAGAUUCAGAAGUACCACCACGUGGUUACCGGUACCACUGCCAGGCUGCUAGCGAUGCCACUCAUAAGAUCCCUAUAUCUGGAUUUCAUCUGACACGUACUUGCUACUCAGUUGUCAUACGUGAACUUCUUCAGUUUGCCCAGCCAGCCAGAGGUGUUUGGCCUCGUUUUUACUGCAAGUCUGACGACAGAUUCCGAAUCAGCUGGUGUCUUGAACGAAUGGCCAGCAUGGCAGGUGUUGAGAGCUCUCUGGAACUUCUUACUGUAGAAGACCUGUUAGUAAAACUGUACCAGAAGAAAUACCAUAAGGAGCCAUCCGAGACUUGGGUGUCUAGAGAGCUAGAUGUUGUCCUGUGGGAUUUUUCCAGUAAUACCAGGUGUGAGUGGCAUGAAGAAAAUGACAUACUGUGCUGUGCUUUGGCAUCCUGUAAGAAAAUCGCUUAUUGCAUCAGUAAAUCUUUAGCUGGUGUGUAUGGAGUCUCACUGACAGCUGCUCACCUGCCUCUUAAAGACUGUGUUUCCAGUGGAAAUACAAAUCUCAGGAGGGUAAUACUGGAUGCUGGACGUUUUCAGAAAUUGAAGGCUGAGCGUUCAGGAAGUGACAGACACAUCCUUUCUCCAAGUGGAGUUCAAGAGCUCGUCCCUUCCAGUUGUGGUUCUUCGUGUGAUGUGAGGAGUUUUCCUUACGGAAGAAGUACCAUUCGAGGAAGAGGAAUCACUCGAUGGCUGGAAAGUACACCUGAUCUGAGCAAAUCUCUCAGUAACUGAAAAUCUUCACAUCCAGGACAGCUGUACAUUGGGUUUUUUUCCCAUUCUUGUUUCCCUAAGAUAAGCAACAGUUUCCCCAGCCUGCAGGUUUUCAUCUCACAUGCAACUUUUGAUUGUUCAGGUUCUUGUUAAAAUGAUUAAACUGUCAUUUACAAUGCUCUGUUCCUUAAUGGAUAGAGUGCAAAUUUGAGUGCAUUUAGCUACAUCACUGGAUUAGAAAUGCUUUAGUGGCCAGUGCAGCUUUAAACAAGUGCUGCUUUACUUUAAUUUUUUUCUUUAGUAACCUCCUCCACCUCAUCUCUAUGUGCAAACUUAAUGUCUCAGUGUAGAACUGUCUGUCCAAAUAUGAUGGAGAGAGCAGUGGAGGUGUGACAGGAUGCACUGAGGAAUGUCAAGUGUCACGGCCUCUGUUUUUUUCCCACCCCUUGGGAACUCAAAUAGUCAUUCAAUGCAAAAAGAGCAGAUACUCUCUAGAGUGUGGUGGCAGCUUUAUUGGUCUGUUAGUAUUAUUUUGGAGGCAUAAACUAUGUAUCAGGAAUCUAGAUAUUGUUAUUUUUUCCUUCGCAUCAGCAAUUAAAAGAUGCAUGUUCCUAAAAUUAGCUCUGUUUUCUAUUUUUUUAUAAUUUCAAUUGGCUGUGACCAGUCAUAAUUAUAUCUGGUGGGACAGGAAUGCUGGGAAGAAUUCCAGUAUGCCCAGGGAUAAUGGGAAGCGUAGAUGUUUCAUGGAGAUGCAAAUCUUGGAUGCGUCUCUAAUUAGUUGUCUAUUAUGUAAACAUCCUCCAUAGUGUGUGUGUCUUUGAACAACUGAUUGUCAAAAAUAAGAGCUUUCUUUAGCUUUUUUUCUACAUCUUGUUCCAGCAGAGGUCCGGUUGUGCGCUACUAUCUCCAUAGCAACUAACUGUGAGAGGAAAUGAAUUUCAUUCCUUUUAGGAACUGGAUCUUAGAACUGAGUAGCUCCAUCUUUUGAAUGAUAGGAGGGGAGGUAAAAGAGGAUCCACGCACUUGUGAGCAAACUCAGGUGUGCUGAUCAGUAUGUUAGAAAAUGCCGGUUGCUGGUUUGAUUGGAAACCUGUUAAAAGUUGCUGUAAAGCCAUUUGAAGGCCUUCUUCCAGGAUCACUGAGCCAUUUUGAUGUAUCCUACUUAAGAGUUUGCUCUUGUCAUUGAAUUUCCUUGGCAUACCUCUGUUUCCUUGCUUUGAGGUGAUUGGUCUGACUGCUAGGCAUUACCAGUUAAAGCUCAGUAAACCUCGAAGACUGAGGUUUACCAGACUUAAGGGCAUCACAGAGUUUUGUAACAUGGUAACAAGGUCUACUUAUUAGUGACAAAGGUUUUUAUCUGCUGUGGAGCACAGUCAAGUUUCUAAGUUUUCCAGCUGAUGGCUGCAUUGCAUUGACAUUUCAGAAUGUACAGAACUGUAAUCUUUGGAUUCUUUUCAGAAGUCAGUACAAUAAAAGUUUCAUGUUUCAGUUCUUA